AUGGAAAUGAAUCUGUCAAAGAAUGUGAUUUCUUGUGGGGACGCAGGUGGGAUGAAUUUGGACAGAAUCGCAGAGGCAGUGAGAGCAGCCCCUCCGCCGCCGCCGCCGCCGCAGCCCCGCGACGUGGGCCCCGCGUUUCAUUUACCCAGAGCGUCGAACAGCAGCAGAGACACGUUACAGAACUCCAGCAGCGAGUCCUCGGACACAGAGCUGGCAGAAAAGGAGAGGACCGUCGAACAGAGGAGCGAUGACGGGAACGCGGACGACCCCAAGAAGAAGAAGCAGCGGCGGCAGCGAACUCACUUCACCAGCCAGCAGCUGCAGGAGCUGGAGGCCACUUUCCAGAGGAACCGCUACCCGGAUAUGAGCACCAGGGAGGAGAUCGCCGUGUGGACAAACCUCACCGAGGCGAGAGUCCGGGUUUGGUUCAAAAACCGCCGGGCCAAGUGGAGGAAGCGGGAGCGCAACCAGCAGAUGGACCUGUGCAAGAACAGCUACCUGCCGCAGUUCAGCGGCCUCAUGCAGCCCUACGAAGACAUGUACCCGGCCUACACCUACAACAACUGGACCAACAAGGGCCUCACCCCGGCGCCGCUGUCCACCAAGAACUUCACCUUCUUCAACUCCAUGAGCCCCCUCACCUCGCAGUCCAUGUUCUCUGCGCCCAACUCCAUCUCCUCCAUGACCAUGGCCUCCAGCAUGGGCCACUCCGCCGUGCCGGGCAUGCCCAGCCCGGGCCUGAACAACAUCAGCAACCUGAACGGCAUCGGCACGUCCGGCAUCAACACGGCCAUGUCCUCGUCCGCGUGUCCGUACGGGCCGCCCGGCUCCCCGUACAGCGUUUACCGGGACACUUGCAACUCCAGCCUGGCGACGCUCAGACUAAAAUCCAAACAGCACCCCACGUUCGGAUACAGCGGCCUGCAGAGCCCGGGCUCCAGCCUGAACGCCUGCCAGUACAACAGCUGA